AUGUCUAUGCCGCAACUCGGUUAUCAGUAUAUAAGACCGCUAUACUCCACGGAACGUCACGGGGUAGGCAGUGGUCGAACCGGCACGGAGUUAAAUCCGUCCGGCACCCUCUCCAAUGUGCUAUCGACCAUGUAUGGAUCACCCUUCGCGACCACUCAAGGAUAUGGAGCUUUCCUUCCUUAUUCAACUGAUGUUUCUAUUUUGAAUCAGCUGGGUGCUCAGUACGAACUGAAAGACAGUCCGGGCAUUCAACACCCCGGAUUUCCACAGGCCCAUCCGCCCUUUUAUCCCUACGGGCAGUAUCAGUUUGGUGACCUGUCGCGCCCCAAAAAUGCCACCAGGGAGAGUACCAGCACCCUGAAGGCCUGGCUGAGCGAGCACCGGAAAAACCCGUACCCAACCAAGGGGGAAAAGAUCAUGCUGGCCAUCAUCACCAAGAUGACUCUCACCCAGGUGUCCACCUGGUUCGCCAACGCUCGACGAAGGCUGAAGAAGGAGAAUAAAAUGACCUGGGUUCCAAAGACCCGGACAGACGAGGACGGGAACGUCUAUAACAGCGACAAUGAGGGCGAGGAGGACGACAAGAGAGAGGACGACGAGGAAAUCGAUUUGGAAAACAUCGACACCGAAAACAUCGAGAGCAAAGAGGACUCUGAUUAUCAGGACGAUCUCAAGUCAGGCUCGAAAACGCUUGACAGGAGCGAUUCGGAUAUUUCCGAUGAGGACGCGCGAGUGCCCGAGCAAAGAUUUCUAAACAACGUGAUAAAAGAAGGCAGAGACUCUGAUUUGAACGCGGACAAGCGAGAGGAGCUUAAAAAGAGCCCCACGCCCGAGCCGUUGAGGAAUUCAAGUCCAACCCCAAAGCCCAAAAUUUGGUCUUUAGCCGAGACUGCCACAGCUCCGGACAAUCCUAAAAAGUCGACAUCAGUGAGCGUGAACAGUGAGGCGCCCUGUCAGACACUUCUGAUGUCUCAGAAAGCUAUUGCUUGCCCAGUUGGCAAACUUCAGAACUGGACAAAGAUGGCAUUUUCAGCCCAUCAAAUCGCAUUAACUAACCAUUACCUCGGACUCGCAAAUCAGGCCUCAGCAAACAGCCAUGCUUUUAACAGGCUCAGAGAUGCAAAGAGUCAAAACAUACUGUGA